UUUUCCAUAAUUCUGCCUUAUAAGACUAUAAAUAUAACUUAUUAGUGUUAUCAUUGCUUACAACUUCUACCUUCAACUCACACCUCAUCCUUAUAUAUACACGGGCUCAUGUUUCGUUCGUUCAUAUCUAAACAGGAAGUAAAGAAAGAAUCACAGAAAGCAAAACAGACAGACGCUGAAAACCAUACACAGACGUGCACUUGCAUGGAUAAUAUGUUUCGAAAGGUUUCAAACAUGGUGUUCGGAGAAAAAUUUCUGAGUAAGACCAUAGUUAAUGGGAAAGUGGUCUUGAUGAAGAAGAAUGUCCUCGAUUUCAAUGACUUGGGCGCGUCAGUUUUAGACCGAGCUCAUGAGCUAUUGGGCAAACAUAUCUCCAUCCAAUUCAUAAGUGCGACUCAUGCUGAUCGUACAUCCUCAGAAAAAGUAUUGAGAGGUAAGCUUGGAAAUCCGGCAAUCUUGGAAGACUGGAUUAGCACCAUUACCCCUCUCACAGCCGGUGAAUCAUCAUAUGAAGUCACAUUUGAUUGGGACGAAGAGAUUGGACUACCAGGAGCUUUUCUUGUUAAAAAUCUUUACCACAGUGAAUUUUAUCUUAUGACACUCACUCUCGAAAAUGUACCUGGACAUGGCAAAGUCCAUUUUGUUUGUAACUCAUGGGUUUAUCCUGCCAAACGUUACACCAAAGAUCGCAUAUUCUUCGCCAACAAGGCAUAUCUUCCUGGUGAGACACCUCCAUUGCUUCUUCCUUACAGAGAGGAAGAGUUGGUGACCUUGAGAGGAAAUGGAAUUGGGAAGCUUGAGGAAUGGGAAAGGGUUUACGAUUAUGCAUUUUAUAAUGAUUUGGGAGAUCCAGAUGAUGAGGAUAAAGUGCGCCCAGUUAUUGGAGGAUCGUUAGAGUUUCCCUACCCUCGUAGGGGAAGAACAGGGAGACCACCAACUGAAAUAGAUCCUAAAACUGAAAGCAGGCUUUCGCUUAUUGAGAGUCUUCAGAUGUAUGUUCCAAGAGAUGAGCGAUUUGGACACUUGAAGAGGUCUGACUUUCUGGCUUAUGGACUUGAAGCUGUCUUUAAGUUUCUUCUCCCUGAGUUUGAGGCUAUAACUGAUGACACUAUAGAUGAAUUUGACUCGUUUGAUGAUGUCUUGAAGCUUUAUAAGGGUGGGAUUAAGCUUCCUAAAGGCCCUUUACAUGAUAGGAUUCGAGAAAACAUCCCUUUACAGGUGUUCAAAGAACUUAUUCGAUCAGAUGGUGAGGGACUUGCGAAAUACUCAACACCAGAUGUCAUCAAAGCUAACAUGUCUGCUUGGAGCACGGAUGAAGAGUUUGCAAGGGAAAUGCUAGCUGGAGUCAACCCGGUUUCAAUUCAACUUCUGAAAGAGUUCCCUCCAACAAGCAAGCUGGAUGCCCAACUCUAUGGUGACCAAAACAGUUCAAUAAGAUCACAUCACAUAGAGGAACAUUUAGAUGGUUUAGAAGUAAACGAGAUGCUAAAAGCCAAGAGACUAUUUAUACUCGACCACCAUGACCCAUUGAUGCCAUACGUGAAUCGAAUAAACUCAACAUCGAGCAAAAUUUAUGCCACAAGAACAUUGCUCUUGUUACAAAAAGAUGGAACGUUAAAACCAAUAGCCAUUGAGUUAAGCUUGCCUCAUCCAGAUGACGAAAAGCUUGGUGCCAUAAGCAAAGUAUGUACGCCAGCUAAGCAUGGAGUGGAAGCCGGAAUUUGGAAGUUAGCUAAAACAUAUGUAGCUGUUAAUGAUUCUGGAGUUCAUCAACUCAUAAGUCACUGGUUGAAUACACAUGCUGUUAUUGAGCCGUUUGUGAUAGCAACAAACAGGAAACUAAGUGUGCUUCAUCCCAUUAACAAGCUUCUCCAUCCUCAUUUCCGUGAUACAAUGAACAUCAAUUCAACUGCUAGGAAUAUCUUGAUCAAUAGUGGAGGUAUUCUUGAGAGAACAUUCUUUACUGGAAAAUAUUCAAUUGAAAUGUCUUCGAAGAUAUACAAGGAUUGGGUAUUCCCCAACCAAGCUCUCCCUAUAGACCUCGUGUUGAGGGGAAUGGCAGUUGAGGAUGAAAAUUCUCUACAUGGUCUUCGCUUAACUAUUGAAGAUUACCCAUACGCUGUAGAUGGGUUAGAGAUUUGGUCAGCCAUUAAAACAUGGGUUGAGGAUUACUGUAAGUUUUAUUACACACAAGAUGACAUGGUGAAAAAUGACACAGAACUCCAAUCGUGGUGGAAGGAAGUUCGAGAGGAAGGACAUGGAGACUUGAAAGAGAAGACAUGGUGGCCUAAAUUAGAAUCUGUUAAAGAUGUGAUUGAUAAUUGCACCAUUAUCAUAUGGGUGUCUUCUGCUCUUCAUGCAGCUGUAAACUUCGGGCAAUACCCUUAUGGUGGUUUUCCACCUAAUCGCCCUACUCUAAGUCGUAGGCUUUUGCCUGAACCUGAAACUCCUGAAUAUGAUGAACUGAAAGAAGAUCCACAGAAAGUUUUUCUGAAAACAGUUACUCCACAACUACAAUCGCUUCUCAGUGUUACUUUGAUAGAGAUAUUGUCACGACAUACUUCAGAUGAGAUCUACCUUGGGCAAAGAGAGUGUCCUGAGUGGACCAUGGAUGCUGAACCAUUGAAGGCAUUCGAAAAAUUUGGUAAGAAGCUGAAAGAAAUUCAGGAAAGAAUUGUGAAUUUGAACAAAGAUGAGAGGUUGAUGAAUAGAUUUGGACCUGUAAAGAUACCAUACACCCUACUUUACCCAAGUAGUGAAGAGGGGCUUACUGGAAGGGGCAUACCUAACAGUGUGUCAAUAUAAAACAUACUAUCUAUCUCAGGCUGUUUGUUAAGUGUCCUUGUGUAUAUUCCUUUGGACUACGUGACUAGCAUGCAAUAAAUAUGUAACAGAUUUAAACUACUUUGAUUCGUCUUUCAGAUUGUAAUGUAUCGUUUUCUAAAUCUUAAUGGAAAGUUUAUUCUUCAGUGACA